AAUAUGACUGCAAUGUUAUAAAUAAGUACCCGUCAUGUAUCAACUUCAGUUUACAAAAUGUUUUAUUUCGUAACGAGUCUCAUAAUAUCAUGUGGUUUCCUAUUUCUAGAUUCUGCGGGCCAGAAUAUGUUGGGGGCCGGCACGUGGUCGGUGUUGUCCACGCAGCCCUGCGAGAACGACGCGGAGAUGCCGUGGCGGGUGCGCGUGCGCAGACACAAGCUGAACCGCACACACGACGCUUUUGACGGGGAAGUGACCGCGCUAGCCGAUAUAGACGACUCUUUUAGUGUUCGCGUAGACGUAUGCAAGGUGGUGGAAGGUGGAUGUAAACCCUUUAUAAAAGAGAGUCGCGAGUGUUUACCCUGCAUAGUAAGAGAGCACGCCUGGGAAAACACUAAAAAAGUGUUGGUGGCCCUUGGAAUAGACCCACCAGCCUUCCCAAUACCUAAAGGAGAGUACCAGCUAGACAACUACCUCGUGGACGUAGAAGAGCUGUCGAAGAAAGGAGUAUACGGCGAAUACCAUGGGCAAGGCUACAUAGUGAAGGACGGACAGGACAUUGCGUGCUUACGAAUGUCCGUUAAGUUCGAACCGAUUGACAACUUUGGCUCUAUGCCGUCGCUGUAUGGUUAAUGGGGU